CCGGGCCGAGCCCCGGCGGGCCGCGAGAGCCCCGCGCGCCCACGGCCGCGGGCGGCCCGCCCCGCGCGCGCAUGGCCGGCGGCUCCGAGGCCCACGCCUGGGACGCGUUCUUCGACGCCCGGCCCGCCGCCGCGGACGAGGCGCCCGAGGACGAGGCCGACCAGCUGCGUGGGGGCGAUCUGGCGCCUUCCAGCCCAGGCGCCCGCCGCGGCGCCGACCCCGCCGGUCCGCCUGAUGACGAGCGGAUCUCCCACAGCUUGGGGAGGAUACUGCGGUACCACGUCGCCGACUACGGGCUGAAGGUGGACCCAGACGGCUUCGUCCAGGUGACCGAUCUCCUGGCCAGCUGCCUGGAGUUCGAGGGCGCCUCGGAGGGCUGCUUGCGCCGCGUGGCGGAGACCAGCACGGGCACGCGGGGGCGGCGGUUCGAGGUCCGCGAGGACGCCGAGGGGGGCUCGAUGGUCCGCGCGACGUACAAGCACCCCAAGGAGGGUCCCCGAGGCAGGGGCGGGCCGCGCCGAGACCCGCACGAGCCCUCGAGGAGGGGCGACGGCUUCCGGAGGAGAGGGCCGCGCAUGGGCUUCUCCCAGGGCGCGCCGUACGACGACCGCGGGGACUCCGCGGAGGCUGGGGGUCAGGAAACCCCACCGACGCCCAAAAGGAUUGGGCGAACUUGGUGCGGCCAGAGUGCGGCCGUCCGCCCUCGUCGUAGGGACGCCGAGCAUCCCUAUCCUGGGCCCAGGAUUUGCCUGUGCAGGACCGUGGCGCGUCCGACGGUCCUGGGCCCAAGACGGGCCCAGCCAGGACUGGUGCAUCUGGACAGCUAGCUGACGUCCUCCCGCCUCGGGGAGGGCCUCGCCCGAACUGUGCGCUUGGAAGAGAGCGCCCACACCCAGCAGUCCAACAACGGACUGACACGCGCCUCACGUCGGUUGUGCCCAGAUGUUCCACGCCGGCCCACCAGGGGAAGGGGUUCGGACCCCAUGCCGCUCCAGCCAAGCGACCUGUCCCUUGACCAGGGAGGCCACAGGCACCGAAGCGACCCCUUCUGGCGUACUGGCUGCGUGGGCUCGGCGGCCUGACUUUGGAGACAUGCGGUGAUUUGCGAGCUCCCCGGUCCCUCCCUUUUCUUGUUCCCCCUCUCUCUCUCUCUUUCUCCCCGAACUGUUGCGUCGUAGAGGGGACCAUCUCGGUGCCUCAGCGCUCCGAAGUCCUUCAGCUCACCAGCUGUGGCCCUCACUGACCAGACCGUCGGACCGAGUCAGAACAGUGCCCCCCCAGCGCUGGGGGGCACAGGGCCUGCCGCGGCCCCACGGCGCCCCUUACCUCGUUGGUGCCUGGCUGCUCUGAUUACGGCCCUGCUUCGUCCCAUCCGGGCGGGUGUAGCGCC